GGGGGGCGCGCGCAAGGAACCACAGCAGAAAAAAAAGCGGAGCGGAGCUGGGGAGCGGAGCCCCGCCGUGAUGUCCUCAGGCUGGUCGUGAACACAAAACCACCGCAGCGGGCUUGGCGAACACACAGAGGUGCUGCCUACCGGAGAGGACGCGCAGGAACACCGCGGCACCGUGAGGUCGAGGAGCUUAUCCCGGCGGAGAGCGAGCCUGCGACGGGCUGGACACCGAGCACCAAUCCCGGAUGGCUAGGCGCGGCUGCUCCCGCUCUCUCCCACCCUGACCCGGGACAGACACACGCACGGACCCGCGGUGGGGAGGCUCGGGGGCUUCGAGUGAACCCAACCGGAGCCCGUUAACCUGCACACCCCGCCCAGGCGUCCCUAUCCCGGCCUGUUUCCGCAGAUAUUCUGGAAUCUUGUCUGGAGCAUAAACAAACACGAGAGCGACCUCUGAAGGGUGUGAGUCUGCGUUGGUGCUGCGUGUUACCGCACAUCAGUGUGUGUCUGUGUGAGUGAGUGUGAGGAUAACACAGUGUUCUGAUAUGGCUGUACUAGACUGAGAGUCUAAGGAGCCCGCGGCAUUAUGGGAUGUAGCAGGACUGUGCAGUGACCCCCUCUCAUUGGAAGGAAACACUCUGUGUACAGGAGCAGGAACAGGCUGACUAGUCCUAACACACACACACACAUACACACAGAACACACACACCCCUGUAGCUAUGCCUGUGUUCAGUGGCCUGUUGAAGGUGCGAGUGUGUGAGGCAGUGGACCUGAAACCCACCCCAUGGGCCCUGCGUCACGCUGUGGGCAAGAGCGGCUCAUUCCUGCUGGACCCCUACCUGGCCCUGAACCUGGACCAGACCCGGCUGGGCCAGACCGCCACCAGGACCAAGACCAACAGCCCCGCCUGGCACCAGGAGUUCUGCACCGAGGUCCGCGAGGGACGGAGCCUGGAGCUCUCCGUCUUCCACGAUGCGCCCAUCGGAUACGAUGACUUCGUGGCCAACUGCACCAUCCAGCUGGAGGACCUGCUGCAGAACGGAACCAGGCACUAUGAAGACUGGAUUGACUUGGAACCCGAGGGGAAGGUGUAUGUGGUCAUUGACCUUUCCGGAUCCUCCACAGAGGGUGAGACCAACUCGACACACUACGCAUACUGUCCUGCUGUAAACACACACAGAGGGAAAAAGAAAGCCUCAGGUACCAACGACAAUGAGGAGCGGGUGUUCCGGGAGAGGAUCGGUCCCCGCCGCCGACAGGGCGCCGUCCGAAGACGUGUCCAUCAAGUCAAUGGACACAAGUUCAUGGCCACCUACCUGAGACAGCCAACCUACUGCUCACAUUGCAGAGAUUUUAUCUGGGGCGUCCUGGGGAAGCAGGGAUACCAGUGUCAGGUGUGCACGUGUGUCGUCCACAAGCGCUGCCAUGAGCUCAUCAUCACAAAGUGUGCCGGGAUGAAGAAGCAGGAGGACACACCAGAGGAGGUGGGUUCACAGCGGUUCAGUGUUAACAUGCCCCAUAAGUUCAGUAUCCACAACUACAAAGUCCCCACCUUCUGUGAUCACUGUGGCUCCCUGCUCUGGGGCCUCAUGAGGCAGGGCCUGCAGUGCAAAGUGUGUAAGAUGAAUGUGCACAGGCGGUGUGAGAAAAAUGUAGCUCCUAACUGCGGCGUGGACGCCAGAGGAAUCGCUAAGGUCCUGGCUGACCUGGGAGUCACGCCUGACAAGAUCUCGAAUACCGCGCAGCGCAGGAGGAAGUUGACUCCAGGGCAGGACCCUCCCCAGUCUCCUCCUGAGCUCUCUCAGACCGAGAACAGCUUCAGCCAGCCAGCUGUCCCCACCUCCCCCUCACAGCAGGACUUGGCAGAGUUAGAUCGCCUGCAGGACGUGCUGUCGCUUGACCAGCAGGGACCCCAACACUCCUCCUCCUCAUCCUCCUCCUCCACCAACUCCUCGUCCUCCUCGUCCUCCGCGGGCAGGGAGAACGGACAGAGUCAGAGGAGGACCCUCAAGGACUUCAACUUCAUCAAGGUUCUCGGCAAAGGCAGUUUCGGCAAGGUGAUGCUGGCGGAGCUGAAGGGGACGGAGGAGGUCUUCGCCGUCAAAGUUUUAAAGAAGGACGUGAUCCUGCAGGACGACGACGUUGACUGCACCAUGACCGAGAAGCGCAUCCUAGCCCUCGCCCGCCGACACCCCUACCUCACCCAGCUCUACUGCUGCUUCCAGACACGGGACCGUUUGUUCUUUGUGAUGGAAUACGUGAACGGAGGAGACCUGAUGUUCCAGAUUCAGCGAUCCAGGAAGUUUGAUGAGCCUCGCUCUCGUUUCUACGCCGCUGAAGUCACCUCGGCCCUCAUGUUCCUGCACCGUAAUGGUGUCAUCUACAGGGAUCUGAAGCUGGAUAACAUCCUGCUGGAUGCAGAGGGACACUGUAAGCUGGCAGACUUCGGCAUGUGCAAAGAGGGCAUCAUGAACGGAGUGACCACCACCACCUUCUGUGGCACGCCGGACUACAUUGCGCCCGAGAUCCUGCAGGAGCUGGAGUACGGAGCGUCUGUGGACUGGUGGGCCCUGGGCGUGCUGAUGUAUGAGAUGAUGGCCGGGCAGCCUCCGUUCGAAGCCGAUAACGAAGACGACUUGUUCGAGUCGAUCCUCCACGACGACGUCCUGUACCCUGUGUGGCUCAGCAAAGAGGCCGUCUCCAUCCUCCGAGCGUUCAUGACCAAGAACCCGGCCAAGCGUCUGGGCUGCGUGGUGAGCCAGGGCUGCGAGGAGGCCAUCAAGACCCACCCCUUCUUCAGAGAGAUCGACUGGCUGCUGCUGGAGCAGAGAAAAGUCAAACCGCCCUUCAAACCCAGAAUCAAGACCAAGCGAGAUGUGAAUAACUUCGACCAGGACUUCACUAAGGAGGACCCCGUGUUGACGCCCACGGACGAGGCCAUCAUCCGACAGAUUAACCAGGACGAGUUCAAGGACUUCUCCUACUGCGCCCCCGAGGAGACGCAGACCUAACACACACACACACACACUCACACACACAGACACACACUGAUCCAGCGACAUGAAACCCAGCACGCAUUUAAACGCACACAUGCCGACACUCUCACAUGUGUAGAACCACAGAUCCCUUUACAAAACACACACACACGUGCAAUCACUCCUUUAUUUUUAAGCUAUUGGUUGUUGUUACUUUUGGAAUAUUCUUUACUUGCAUUGUGUUGUCCUUGUUGCCUGGGUUUAUUAUGAAUAUGAAUAUGACUACACACACACACACACACACACACCUGUACAUUCUCUCACACACAUUCCCCUGUGCACACGUUUAGCACAAAGUCACACAGACACACUACAAUCCCAAGUUUUUACACGCUCGCACAUCCCUGCAGUCUCACUGCAUAUGCUUAGACAACCAAACACACACACACACACACACACACACACACACACACACACACACACACAUUUACACACUGACACUGCUCCUCUCCCCAGCACCUGUAUAAAUGUGGACUGUAGGUGCCGGGUGCAGAGGCCUGUAUAUAGCCUGUGUCGAGUGGCUGUAUCGUGUUGGUAUCGUCUUCUAGUAAAGGAGAGUCGUGGCGCAUGGACAAGCACCUGUGUUAUUAUUGUCCUUAAUGUGGACCGGUUAGGGCCAAAUACCCUUUGUGCAAUACCCUGACUAUCUAUAUAUUUUAUGGUUUUGUUUGUUCUCGAAAUGUUAUUUUUUUGGUUGUUGUCGGAUUUGUCGUAUGAUCGAUCGCUCUCAUCCUCUCUCGUGUGUACAAAGUGAAUGUCGAGCUUUACGAGUUACAGGCUAUUGAACUAAUUAUGUGGAGCAGAGUGUUACAGGUGGCCUGUCAAGCAGUGAAAAAGACCAGUUUUUUCAGCUGUUUCAUGCAUCUGCUAGUUUCAGAGUCCACCUCCCCUCCUGCCGGCCAGAAUGUGCCGGCCUGUGGGCGGUUUUAUUGUUAUUAUUUCUCGUGAAUGUACAUUUUUUUGUGGGUGAAUGCGUGGAUUUUGUUUUUCUUCGUUGAUGUAUGACAUUUUGUCCUCAGCAUUUCUAUUCCUAUAGUUACAAUCAGUGUUUUCAGCCCCCCCCCCCCCCCACUUUCCUUCCACGUCUCCUCAGAAGCACCAAUUCCCCUUUCCCACCAAUAGCAGCUGUCACUCAGCCUAAACUACCUGCUUUUCUGACUUUUGCUUUUUUCAAGAAUGGCUUUUCUUUCUUAUCUCUCUCUCUCUCUCUCUCUCUCUCUCUCUCUCUUUUAUAUUAUUAUUAUUAUUAUUAUUAUUAUUGUAAAGUGUAUUUGGAGGAAACCUUUGUGUAAAAUACUAUAACUAUACUAUUAUAAGUCUGUUACGGCCGGGUGAAAAAGAAAUGUGGAGAACCAGCAGCUGAAUUACCUCUCAUUUCAAACACAAGACACAAAUCACCCCAUGCAGACUCCCUCCUUCGCCUCCUCCCUCUUCUUCUCACUCUCUUCUUUACAAACACACAGACACGCACACACACACAGAGAAGGACUGUUGUCGCAUGUACUGUACAGUGGUCUGAAGGCGAGCGGGGUUUGCUCUGUGUGCAGUAGAGUCGCUGUGUAGUGAAGCUUCGUGCACCCAGGGGUAGGGCUGUUCCUGGUCACACUUCUAUCUUACUCUGUGCCAAAAUGUAGUGCAACAGCCAGGCUAGUCCUGUCUGGUCUGAUUCCAAUAAAACACUGAGCUGUCUACAUCACCCUCA